AUGUAUGCAACAAUGAGUGGUUCAGCAUCGAGAAUGCGGGCUGAGAAUCAUGUUGAUGCCUGUAAAGAGGCUUUGAGAAAUGCAGAAUCAAAUUUGAAAAAAGCGACCAAAAAACGUGAAGGGGUGGCAUCUUCGCAUCAGACGGCAGUCGAACAAAAGCGUCAGGCGCAUGAAAAUCUUCGUGAACAGAAACAUACGCUGGCGUCUAAACAAAUAGAAUGGAAACGCCAAAUUGCAGUCAAGAAUACAGCUCAACGACAACUGGAUCGGCAAAAAGCAAUUAUGGAAAAAGCUACCGCGGAUCAUAUCCAAGUUGAACAUCAAUUAGCUGAAGCCAAAGAGCAAAAAACAACGAAAACAAACGAACUUCAUGGUGCGGAAGCUCAAGUUCAAAAACAAACCGAACACGUAGCACAACUGACAAGAGAAGCAUCAGAAUUAGAGAAAAAUCAGGCACAAGCUCAACAAACACUUACUACCACAGAGAACACUUUGAGAGAUGCUCAAGCCAAACAUCAGACAGCAGAAG